ACCAGUAGUAUCAGUACAUCACUGAACGACAACCUAAAGGAGGCAAUAGAGAGUUAUGCUUGCCGUAAUGGGAUAUGAGAUUAAAUAGUCUCUCUAGCGACUAAGCGUUAGACAAUAUAUUCCGAAAUUAUCCAAAAACUGUACAGAAUGUUUCGGGUAUUGUCAGUCUGUAACAAAUUGCCAAACUCGUCUAAUUUUCUGACGCGUGGUCGCAUUUCCACUUCGUUUGGACGGGAAUCGUCGACCGGCACGGGCAAUUCCGUCUACAACUUCAUUGUGGAAAGCGCCCCGACUGAGUCUGUGAAGCAGUUGCUGAUUUCCAUUCAUGACUACUCGGGUCUCCCAUGGUGGGCCACUAUCAUCUGCACCACUGCUGCCUUUCGGACCGCUAUCACUUUUCCCCUCGCAAUUUACCAACAUUAUAUAAUUGCAAAAAUAGAGAAUUUAAAAAUGCUUGAAAUGCCAGAGAUAUCGGAAAAGGUAAAGAGAUCCGUAGCUAUGAAAGCAAGAGAGUACAAGUGGACAGAUAAGAAGGCAACACUGAUGUAUAAAAUGAUGAUGAAAAAGGAAUGGGAUACACUAGUGGUGCGUGAUAACUGCCAUCCAUUCAAAGCAAGUUUGACAAUUUGGUUUCAACUGCCAGUGUGGGUUUUCCUGUCGGCUGCACUUAGAAAUGCAUCAUACAUGCUACCUAUAAAAGAUGCAGCUGCCCAGGUCUUAUAUUUGCAGUUGGCAGUUGGUGGAUUUCUAUGGAUUCCAAAUCUUGCUCAACCAGAUGAAUAUUUAAUCCUUCCAAUAAUUUUAGCCCUUUCUAAUUUAAGUAUAAUUGAGAUUCAAGCCUUAAGAAGAUUGCAGGACCCCACACGAUUCCAAAGAUAUGCUACCAAUUUUUUUAGAAUAUUCACCUUACUUAUAAUACCUAUAUCAGCCACAGUUCCUUCUGUAAGUUUAUUUCUUUAUCUUAAAAAGUUGUUCUGUACAGUUUUCAAUUUUCAGGCCGUGAGUCUAUAUUGGACUACAUCUAGUGUCAUGGGGCUAGCUCAGAAUUUGCUUUUGAUGUCGAAUAGGCUUAGAAAAUUUUGUCGGAUCCCUGACACACCCUCAACCUUAGACCAUCCCUAUCAACAACUGGCUUUUGACGUAAAACAGAAAAUAAAAACAUUGCUCUAGAUUUUUAAAAUUGUGUAAAAAGUGUAUAAAUAAAUUGUUAUGUAAAA